AUGUCGCACACGCAGUGGGUCGACUGGACGAAGACCACGCAGUCCAAGGACUACCGUGGCUCCAAUUCAUUUGCGACGUUUAUGAUCAUUGGCCCCGUGUGUUUCUUUCUGGGCAUCCUCUUUGCCUCCUUUCCGUACGACUUCCCGCUGCUCUGGACGUCGGACCCGGUACCGCCGGCGUACUAUGACCAGCUAGAGACGCACCUCAAGUUUGUGCACCAGUCGCCGCCGCUGAUUGCGCGGCUGCUGUCGAUGAUCAUCAGCGUCGGCUUUGCCGGCUUCUUCAUCAAGCUGUUCCGGCCCUCCGAGGCCAACGUGCUGUUUGACGGCGCCAGCCUGGUGCUCUACCUCAUCGGCACCGGCGUCUACAUUGCCAACAUCGUCAAGGGCCUACGCACCGUCAGCGCCGGCAUCUGGGAGGACCCCGAGGCCUUUGAGACCAUCAGCGGCCCGCUCACCGGCGAGGUCGUCCUCGGCCGCGAGGACAGCCUCCAGGUUCUGUCUGCCUCCAACACCAUCCUGGCCCUCAUCCUCGUCGGCGUGCUCGCCCUGCAGAUCGGCCAUCUAGUCGUCGCCUACGUGCCAGAUCAAGCAAAACAGCCAAUACAACGGUAG